AUGCACCUUGGCGGGCCGCUCGUAGGAAUGGGCAUUGACAGAAACCGAAUGCAUCCGUCACACGCGUCAAGAUGUCCAUGUGCCAGCUCCGCAGCAAUGAACAAGCCUGAACAAAGCUCAAACUUAAGGUUACCUUACUACCGGAGAUCAUCCUAG